UGGUUGUUGUAAUAGUCCAAAAAGUCACUUACAGACGAUCCUUUGCUUCGAAAACUUGUCAUCCGCAGAGAACCUGGCUGGAUGAGCAGCCUGCAUCGUGAUUAUUCAACGUAUGAUUCCUGUCGAGUAGAAGUUUGUCUGUGCAAUAUGGCAACAGCCGUAACAUACGAAUUUCAAUGCAAACAUUUUGGUUUCACUGAUGUCACACCGAAGCAUUUUUACGAGUCUCAGUGGACAGAAAGAAAGGAAUAUUUUGUCGUCUAUCGAGCGAUUAUGUUUCUAUAUUGUUUGAUUUGGGCAAUUUAUGACACCAACUUUUGCGUUAGUUCAUAUCCUGGGUACUAUAUUACCCAUCUUUCGAGCUGGGGAGAGUGGACCCUCGUUGUUCACUUCGGAUUGGCAUUAGCCGUCUCGAUGUUUGGACUAAUUCAAGAUUCCGAUUUUUGUUUUAAAAACAACCUCGAACGAACAAUCUGUUGUGGUAAUGGGAACACUUGUCAAAUAAAUGAUAUUAAAUGGUUCCACAAUUUAUGCUGGGUGGUAAUGACAGCAGCGUCCGGAGUUUCUUAUAUUGUGACCAUAUCAUAUUGGUGCUUCUCCGAUAACAGGAUGUAUUCAAUCGCCGUGAAUACUCACCAACAUAUCAUGAAUUCUGUGUUGAUGACAAUGGAUCACCUACUAAGCAGAGUGCCUACUCGAUAUCUUCAUUUUGUUUAUGUUUCUUUGUAUGGGGCAGUGUAUACUUUGUUUACCGUGAUACUACACCUAAUUGGCAUUCGACCUAUGAAAUACUCAGGCACACUAGACUGGACAAAGAGUCCUGAAAUUUCAAUAGUAGUUUCAUUAGGUUUAGUCACGGUAGGGGCUUGCGUGAUUCACUUUAUCACCUUUACCAUUUUUAAACUAAGAGAUUUGACUCAUUAUAGACUUCGCACGUCUCAGACUAAGAGUGCGUUAUUUAGCGACACGUCUAGCCAUUCGAAUAAAGAUAUUAAUGCUAACGAAAGAUCACGAAUUUUGCAAUAAUUGCCAGACAAACCCCGAUCUAUCAACAAUGUAGUAUAAUUUGGUUUAGUUUACCCAUCAAAAUGAUAAUUUAAAAGGACCUCCAAAAGUAUGCGCACCAAGAUGGCGCACAACCUGAACUUAGUAUGUGUGUACCCGACCGGUUAGGAUUCGGGAUGUGCGCAUACUUCUGGAGCACCAUUUAAAAUUAAUAAUUAUUACAUUUGUUGUGCAUUUACGUUAUAGCUUGUUGUUUUCACACUGACUAGAUUUGUGAUUAUGAUGUCAUAAUUGCUCGUUGGUUUUACCGUAAAUAUAUACGUUGCGCGCGCUUAUUGUAUUUUGGAGUAUACGAUACCACAUUUUGCUGUAUAAUGAACUGUAAUAUAUAUAUUUGUUUAUUAGUUAUAUGGCAAUACGCAAGACAUCACAGCCUUGGCUUGAAGGAUGAAGUUUUAAAAUUUGCAAGAAAUUACGUCUUAUAAUAAUCUUUAAGAUAUUCGGUGGAAUUGUACUAAUGUAAUGAUGCAAUAUUAAUGUUGAAAAUAUUUCCUUUUUUGAAAAAUUAUUUCAAUAGCUCGAAAAUAAAUAAAGCAAAUGCCUAGACAAGGGAGCACAUAUCAAAUAUAUGUUAGCCGUAGCGUAAAGAACCAUGCACAACCAAUUGAAUGUUGGGCAAAAGAGC